AAAGAAUAUGAAAAACUCUGUGCAAGACUAAGUUAACGCACAGUGCUACAGUUUUUCUSAGAGACAUCUAAAACCAAAAUGGAUCCCUUAUCAACCGACGAGGYGCUGGACAAAAUUGGCAGCUUCGGYCGAUACCAAUUUKUUCUUUUGAUAUUGAUGGGCUUCAUGCAGAUCUUCGGGGAUGGGUUUCAAGGUAUGAUAGCGUCCUUCUUGGCUGCAGAGCCUCCAUGGCGUUGUGUGAGCAACAGUACAUCUUGCAAUAUAACUGGUAGUCUAUCACCGGGGCAARAUGGUUAUAAACUACGAUGUAGCCUUCAUCGUGACCAAUGGGAGUUUGAUACGAGUGAAUUUAAUUCGAUUGUAUCAGAAUGGGAUCUAAUAUGCGACCGAUCAAGCUUGUCCAGCAUAGCUAAGAGUAUUGUGUUUGCUGGAUAUAUGGUUGGCGUACUAUUUGGUGGUGUUUUGUCUGACAAGUGUGGACGUAAACCAAUAGURUUCUAUCCGUCUGUGCUCAGUAGYAUACUCGCCUUGAUUGCCUCAUUUUCCAAUGUUUUCUGGCUGUUUGCGGUUCUYAGGGGUCUUGUUGGAGCUUGCCUUGGCAGUUCCUCUCUGGCUAUGUUUGUUCUCAUGGUGGAGUACGUGGGCGUCAAACAUCGUGCAAUGGCAGGCACUAGCUUGUGGUACUUCUUCACCAUAUCGCUGAUGAUUUUAGUGUUAUUUGCGUAUCUUAUACGGGAUUGGAGGAUGCUUUCUAUUGCCGCUGCAGUGCCUGGGUUACUGCAGGUGUUCUUCUGGUGGUACCUACCAGAAUCGUCGAGAUGGUUAAUAACCAGAGGAAAACAUGAUGAAAGCAAAGCAUAUCUCGCCAAGAUUGCACGUUUCAACCGCAAAGAGAUGCCACCAAAUCCAAUUGCAAUCAUGGAUGAGAAACAACGUGUUGGUGAUAUACGAGACUUGUUCUGCUCUUUCAGAAUUGCUAGAAUCACACUAAGCAUUUGGUUCAGUUGGGCAGUCGUUUCCAUGGUCUACUGGGGGACAAUGUUUAGCUUUGACUCCUUUGGUGGAAAUCGUUAUCUUGCAUUCUUUUUAGUAGCCAUCGUCGAGAUUCCUUCAAUUUUCUUCACAAUAAAGUCUAUGGAUAGGUUUGGUCGAAAGAAAAGCACAUUACUUAGUUUGAUACUGGCAUCGAUAGCGUCUACAGCUGCGGUUCUUCUCCAGAGAGAUCCCUCACAAACAGGAUUUCGUGUUGGGCGCAUCAUCAUGUCCAUGACCGCCAAGUUUUUCAUUACCUUUGCUUUUGACGCCCUUUACGUCUUUUCUGCCGAGCUCUUUCCGACUGUCGCCAGGAAUGUUGGUAUGGGGACGUCGUCUGCAGCUGGCAGAAUUGGUUCGAUUUCAGCUCCAUUUGUAGUUCAACUUAUUCGUAUCCAUGUUCUGAUCCCGUAUUCUAUCUUUGCUAUCGCUGCGUUCAUCGCCUGUGUACUGUGUUUUACUCUACCAGAGACCAACAACGAACCAACUAAGGAGACAGUGGAUUCGGAGACCGAGGCACUUCAACCCAUUGGAUGAGAAUAGUAUACAUAAUACACCCAAUUCCUAAAUCUGAAGACAAACAAAUAAACUUAUCCUUUAAUUGAAUAAGUUACUUUUGAAUUGAAGUCCCAAUAUAUAUAGUGCUAAAUGUUGAUCCUUCCGUAAGGGUCCUAACCAGAUAAUAAAUGAACAUGUUACUCUC